AUGAGGCUGCGGACACCUCGUUUCGCCUUCGGGUUGUUCCUCGUGCUUUAUGCAUCCAUAGCAGAGGGGCUCCGCGUGCUGGACGAUGCUGCUGCUAAGUUAACUGGUCCCCAGACGCUGACAGGAAUAGUAGUCAACCCAGGAAGCACAAGAAAUGCAAUCCACGUUGGAAACUACGAGGGUCAUGUGGAGGCAAGACUGCGAGGCGUUGAGGAUAUCAGCGGUGUCAUCCGCGUAUUCGUUUUCCGCAAUACCACCAGCGUGAACAUUCGUUACUCUCUCCGCUUGACUGGAUUGAGCGUCCAGGGGUUCCCGACCGCUGCUGGCAUUGUCACUGCCAGGUCCAACGCCCCGUCUUACUAUGGAACCAUUGUGGCUCCUGGAGGGAGGGCAAGCGGAGUGUUCGCUGUGCAACCACUGGCGCUGAAGGUGUCUCAUGGUGGUGCCUCCACAUCUUGA